AUGCUCCUGCUCCCUCCGCCGCAGUUUCCGACGGCCACCCAUGCGGCGGGGGUGGGGCGCUUCCACUGCCUCCGGCCCACGGCGCAUCAAGCCAUCUGCGGCGGUGCCACCACCUCCUCCGGCGCCUCGACUUCCUUGCCGGCGGUGGCCGGGCCCGUUGACGCAGUCCUCCCCUUGGAGGGCCGCCGCCAUGACUUCACGCCCCUCCUCAAUUACCUCUCCUCCAAGGCUCCUCCCCAAGCAGCGACCGCGGCCGGUUCCCCGCCGACGCACCUCGAUCCCGUCGAGCUCCGGCUGGCGGAGAGCUACCGGGCAGUUCCGGCACACCAUUGGCACGCGCUGCUCAAGUCCCUCUCCGCCUCCCGCGACACCCUCCCUUCCGCCACCGCCCUGGUUCCAUGGCUGCAGCGCCACAAGCUCUGCUACUCCGUGGACCUCCUAUACUCCAUCCUCAUCCACGCCCUGGGGCGGUCCAAGCAGCUCUACCAGGCCUUCCUCCUCUCCAACCAGGCCUCCCUCUCCCCGCUCACGUACAACGCCCUAAUCUCUGCCUGCGCGAGGAACGGGGAGCUCGUCAAGGCCCUCGGCCUCCUCUCUCAGAUGCGCAGGGAUGGCUUCCAGUCGGAUUACGUGAACUACAGCCUCAUCGUCCAGUCCCUCAUCCGCUCCCCCGACCCCCCCGAUCUGGCCUUCCUCCAGAAGAUCUAUACCGAGAUAGAAGUGGAGAAGAUCGAGCUCGACGCCAAGCUGCUCAACGACCUGGUCGUCGCCUUCUCCCGCGCGAAUGAUCCUGAUAGGGCGCUGCUCCUGCUGGCCGUGAUCCAGGGCCAGGGGCUGAGCCCCAAGUCCGCCACGCUGGUGGCGGUGGUCUCGGCGCUCGGCGGCGCCGGCCGCGUCUCCGAGGCGGAGGCGGUGUUCGAGGAGCUCAAGGAAGGGGGGCUGGCGCCGAGGACGAGGGCGUACAAUGCCCUGCUGAAGGGGUACGUAAAGGUGGGCGCCCUCAAGGACGCGGAGCUGGUGUUCGAAGAGAUGGAGAGGAACGGGGUGGCGCCGGACGAGAGGACCUACAGCCUUCUGAUCGACGCCUACACCAACGCCGGCCGGUGGGAGAGCGCGAGGAUCCUGCUCAAGGAGAUGGAGGCCAACGACGUGCGGCCCAACUCCUACGUCUUCAGCCGGAUGCUGGCCAUCCUCCGCGACAAGGGCGAUUGGCAGAGGUCCUUCUCCGUGCUCAAGGAGAUGAAGAGCAACGGCGUGUGCCCCGAUCGCCACUUCUACAACGUCAUGAUCGACAUGUUCGGCAAGUACAACUGCCUGCAGCACGCUAUGGACGCCUUCGCGCGGAUGAGGGAGGACGGGAUCGAGCCCGACACCGUCACCUGGAACACACUCAUCGACGGCCACUGCAAGGCAGGUCUGCACGACCGCGCCCGCGAGCUGUUUGAGGAAAUGCAGCACAGCGGGUGCCUCCCCUGCACCACCACCUACAACAUCAUGAUCAACUCGCUGGGGGUGCAGGAGAGGUGGGGGGACCUGGAGGACCUGCUGGCCAGGAUGCGGGACCAGGGGCUCAUCCCCAACACGGUCACCUACACGACGCUCGUCGACGUCUACGGCAAGUCGGGGAGGUUCAACGACGCCAUCGAGUGCCUCGAGGUCAUGAAAGCUGGGGGUUUGAAUCCCUCGCCGACAAUGUACCAUGCACUGGUCAACGCAUACGCGCAGAGGGUACGUGGACUGCUUUCUCUUCUGAACAUUUUUCCCCUUUUCAGGAAGCAAAGGGUGCCUGUGACCGUGUGGGGGAGUGUUCCAAACCGUGUAUGAUGAACUUAUAGAGCCGAAUGGAGGGAGGGAAGGAUACCCCAUUCAGGGGUCUUUUUGCCUUUGUUUCCUCGGACACAAUAGGAUUCGAUUUCUAGAAACAUAUUCCUCCUGAUCCCAGUCGUUCGAAGGGUUCAAUUUUUUUUUUUUGUGCCUCUGGAUCAGAGAAAUUUCUCAGGGCGUUGCCACCUUCUGUUCCUAAUGGGCUGGUAACUGAUCUACUGACAUUGACUGUGCUAUAAUGCCGGAGUCUGUAGAUUUACAUUGUUUGGCGGGGAAAACCUUUGGGACAAGUCUCCUCCACUCAUUCGUGGAUUCCUUUUCUGGAAUAUAUAUAGUUGGAGUGCGAUGGGAAGUUUUUUCUGAGGAAAUUAGUUCAUGUGGACGGCACUGUAAUGGAGGUUAGCAUCUCCUGUAGAAGUGAGUACUUAGUGUGUUGUUCUUCUCUCCAAUCGAUCAGGGGGCUUAGCAUCGCCCUGUUGUCAUGUGGAAUAGGGGACUGGUUAUGCUUGGAUGAUACUAUCACUGUUUCUGUCCUUUGCCAACCUAAUUUCCUGUUUUUUUCUUCUUCCAGUAUACGAGGAGUCUUGUAAAUAACUGGAGGCUAGCUGUCAUCCUGUCCUCUUUUAAAGAAAGAAAUAUAAAAAACCCAUUUAACCAAUUUCAUGAAAGCUUUAGUGAAAUUGAUUCUUACUGUUCUUGAUAUUUUCAUUGAACUUGUGUGAGCUGUUACCCAAUGUAAUCACAUUUCAUCAGCUUAUUUGAUCCGAUGAGCUUCAUGACUUCAUGUUCAGGGUCUGUCCGAGCAAGCUGUGAAUGCAUUUAGGGUCAUGAGGGCUGAUGGUAUAAAGCCCAGUCUCCUGGUCCUCAACUCUCUAAUUAAUGCCUUCGGCGAGGACAGGAGAGAUACAGAAGCAUUCGCAGUCUUACAGUAUAUGAAAGAGACAGUAAGCAACUUAUUGAAAUCGUCUCAUAUGCCUCUUUUUAUUUUGUAAUGCAUUUCUUCAUGCUGUAGCCAGUAUUCAAUUUACCCUAUUCAUGAUUAAUGAACUAUUUGAUUUGUUUAUCUGAUUAUGAUUCUCCCUUGAAGGGUAUAAAGCCGGAUGUGGUGACCUACACGACUCUUAUGAAAGUUCUGGUUCGUGUGGAGAAAUAUGACAAGGUAAUCUUAAGACGGAGCCAUGGUUUUCAUUAAUGAAUAAUUAUAAUAUUUAUAAAAUUUAAAUCGAUGCCUUCAUCUGCAUGGCUUCGUGAAAUUGCUGACUAUCGUCAUAUCAUUUCCUCCGUUUGGGUGCAUUGAUUGAUGGAUUAAUUGAAAUAAAUGCAGAAUUAUUAAAAAUGUAUCGAUUCCCAUGCUGAUAAUCUUCCCCUAGGGGCUGGACUGAUUUGAUGACAGUAAAAUUUCCAGAAGAAUGUAAUUCCAAUAAGUUCAACCCUUGACAGUUUCUUUUCAAAUCCUCAAGAUAUGUUUAGUUGUUAAGAAAGAAAGCUGCUGGUAGGUGUUUUCUUGGUUUGCUAACGAAUACAUUUUUAGUGCAACGAUCAAAAUUUUCGUAAGCUAUAGUGGUCCUGGAAUCUGAGCGUUUUGUGGAGUGAACAUCUCAAGGGCAGUGAUUUCUGUAUUGUGAGGACGCUGAUGUGGUAACAAUCCAGGUUCAAAUGCUGUGGUAAUCAUUAUCUGAUUUCUGAUUAACCGUAGGGCUGAUAAUAUGUGGAAUCUGUUAUACACUAACCUCUCUUCGUCAUUUUUAUUUAACCCUAUUGUCCCUUAUUUAACUUUGGGGAAAUCACAGAGAGAGAGAGAGAGAGAGAGAGAGAGAGAGAUCUUGUUUUCCCUUUAUUUACCUCUUCAGGGCAUUUAUUAUGUAAAGUAUUUCUCAGAAAGUGUUUCCUCCCCCUUGCUGAUGUUUGGAAGACUUGACUCUGCGGAGAAAUCCUUUAGUUUUUAUUUUCUAAUAUUUCGGUGCCACAGGUUCCGGCUGUCUACGAAGAAAUGAUCUUGUCCGGGUGCACCCCGGAUAGGAAGGCUAGAGGGAUGCUUCGGUCGGCCCUCAAAUACAUGAAGCAGAUGUUUAGCACGUAG